AUGAUUCAUGAGAGUGACUAUUGGUGGAUGCAUUGCAUUCAACAAGGUCACAAGCUCCACCUUGCUAGCAUGAUCUUCAAUGAUAUUGUGAGUGUCAUCAAAUCAAAAGCUCGAUUGAAUCUUGUGUAUGGGAUGUAUCUCAGUCACUUGUUUGAGUUGUUUGAUGUCGGCAUCUCUCAUGACGACACAUUCUCUUUUGACGAUAGUACCAUCAGUCGUGCUACCAUGGCAAAUAUUAAUUAUAUCGAGGAGCCUGAGGAAUCCAUACGUUGUAUGCAAAGAGCUGGUCUCCUUCUUGACGUGGUGAGUUAUGCUUUGCUUAUUAAUGCUUAUGGCAAAGCUAGGAGGGAAGAGGAAGCUUUGGCUGUUUUUGAGGAGAUGUUGGAUGCUGGAAUCAGGCCUACUCACAAGUCUUAUAAUAUUUUGCUUGAUGCAUUUGCAAUUUCGGGAAUGGUUGAGCAAGCUCGGGCUGUUUUCAAAAGCAUGAGAAGAGACAGAUAUACCCCUGAUAUCUGUUCUUAUACAACCAUGCUAUCAGCUUAUAUCAAUGCAUCUGAUAUGGAGGGUGCUGAAAAUUUCUUCACAAGAUUGAAACAAGAUGGACUUCGACCCAAUAUCGUCACGUAUGGGACGCUGAUGAAAGGGUAUGCCAAAGUAAACAAUCUUGAAAAGAUGAUGGAGACGUAUGAAGAAAUGCGGUUAAGCGGUAUCAAAGCAAAUCAAACCAUCUUCACCACUCUCAUGGAUGCAUACGGGAAGAAUAGGGAUUUUGGUAGUGGUGUCGUUAGGUAUAAAGAAAUGGAAUCUUAUGGUGUUCCGCCCGACCAGAAAGCGAAAAACAUCCUUUUGUCUUUGGCAAAAACUGUGGAUGAACAAAAGGAAGCAAACCAACUUGUAGGACGUAUGGAGACUAAGGUGAACGGGUUUUCCAGGUUUCUUGACGAAGAAGACGACAUCGAGGAGGCCGUAUUGCACGAAAAAAGGGGACAAUGAUAGUUUUUUUGAAGUGGUGAUUGUCAUCGAGAAAAGGAAGCAAUUGAUGCAUACUGGGAUAUUCUGCUAUGUAAAGCCUGGAAUUUUGUCUCCUGGUACGGUUCCUCAGCCAUGAAAGUAUUUCACCGGCUUCAACUAUGUAGAGUUUUGGCCGAAUAUCAGAGGUGUUAUGCAUAGUUACUCGCCAUGUUAUAAUUAUAUGAUUGUAUUUUUUAUUGUUAAUGGCUAUUGAUAAUUUU